AACGGGAGCAAUAAGGAGAACACGGAGACCCAGAGCGUCCCGCCCAAAUCUGGCAAGCACAAGAACAAGGACAAGCGCAAGGAUUCCAACCACCAUCACCACAACGCCUCGGCCGGCACCACCCCCAAGCUCCCCGAGGUGGUGUACCGAGAGCUGGAGCAGGACACCCCCGACGCCCCACCUCGCCCCACCUCUUACUACAGGUACAUCGAGAAGUCGGCAGAGGAGCUGGAUGAGGAGGUGGAGUACGACAUGGAUGAGGAAGAUUACAUCUGGCUAGACAUCAUGAACGAGCGGCGGAAGACCGAAGGUGUGAGUCCCAUUCCCCAGGAGAUCUUUGAGUACCUGAUGGACCGGCUAGAGAAGGAGUCCUACUUCGAGAGCCACAACAAGGGGGAUCCAAACGCCUUGGUGGAUGAGGAUGCCGUCUGUUGCAUCUGCAAUGACGGGGAGUGUCAGAACAGCAAUGUCAUCCUCUUCUGCGACAUGUGCAACCUGGCUGUGCAUCAGGAGUGCUACGGGGUGCCCUACAUCCCGGAGGGACAGUGGCUCUGCAGACGGUGCCUGCAGUCCCCCUCGCGAGCCGUGGACUGCGCCCUCUGCCCAAACAAGGGGGGGGCCUUCAAGCAGACAGACGACGGGCGCUGGGCACACGUGGUCUGUGCCCUCUGGAUCCCAGAGGUGUGCUUUGCCAACACCGUCUUCCUGGAGCCCAUCGACAGCAUCGAGCAUAUCCCGCCCGCACGCUGGAAGCUGACCUGUUACAUUUGCAAGCAGCGCGGCUCCGGGGCUUGCAUCCAGUGUCACAAAGCCAACUGCUACACUGCCUUCCAUGUCACCUGCGCCCAGCAGGCCGGGCUGUACAUGAAGAUGGAGCCUGUCCGGGAGACAGGGGCCAACGGUACCUCCUUCAGUGUGCGCAAAACUGCCUACUGUGACAUCCACACGCCGCCGGGCUCUGUACGCAGGCUUCCCACCCUCUCCCACAGUGAGGGGGAAGAGGAGGAUGAGGAGGAGGAGGAGGAGGGGAAGGGCUGGAGCUCUGAGAAAGUCAAAAAAGCAAAGGCCAAGUCUAGGAUUAAGAUGAAGAAGGCACGGAAGAUCCUGGCAGAGAAACGAGCUGCAGCGCCUGUGGUUUCUGUGCCCUGCAUCCCCCCGCACAGGCUCAGCAAGAUUACAAACCGUUUAACCAUCCAGAGGAAGAGCCAGUUCAUGCAGAGGCUGCACAGCUACUGGACUCUGAAGAGACAGUCCCGCAACGGUGUCCCACUGCUCCGCCGUCUUCAGACACACUUGCAGUCACAACGAAACUGCGACCAGAGAGACACUGAGGAUAAGAACUGGGCCCUGAAGGAGCAGCUGAAGUCAUGGCAGCGCCUCCGCCAUGACCUAGAGCGUGCACGCUUGCUGGUGGAGUUGAUACGCAAGCGGGAGAAGCUCAAGAGAGAGACGAUCAAAGUGCAGCAGGUGGCACUGGAAAUGCAGCUGACCCCCUUCCUCAUCCUCCUCCGCAAGACGCUUGAGCAGCUGCAGGAGAAAGACACGGGCAACAUCUUCAGUGAGCCGGUCCCUCUGUCUGAGGUCCCAGACUACCUGGAUCACAUCAAGAAGCCGAUGGAUUUUCAGACAAUGAAACAAAACCUGGAAGCCUAUCGCUAUCUGAAUUUCGAUGACUUUGAGGAGGAUUUCAACCUGAUUAUCAACAACUGUUUGAAAUACAAUGCCAAAGACACAAUCUUCUACCGGGCAGCCAUCCGUCUGCGGGAGCAGGGAGGUGCCGUUCUCCGGCAGGCUCGCCGGCAGGCGGAGAAGAUGGGCAUUGACUUUGAGACAGGCAUGCACUUCCCUCACUGUGUAACGGUGGAAGAGGCUCAGGCCCAAGACAUCGAGGACGAAGAUGUGCGGCUUCUGCUCUCAGAGAAUCAGAAGCACCUGCCCUUGGACGAGCAGCUAAAGAUCCUGAUGGAGCGGCUGGAUGAGGUCAACGCUGGCAAGCAGACCAUAGGACGGUCCCGCCGGGCCAAGAUGAUCAAGAAGGAGAUCACAGUCCUACGGCGGAAACUCGCUCACCCGCGGGACCUGGGCCGAGACGGGCUGGAGCGGCAUGGCUCCUCUGCCAGGGGAGUCCUGCAGUCGCACAAUCCCUGCGAGAAGGACUUGCAGACAGACAGUGCUGCAGAAGAGAGCAGCAGCCAGGAGACUGGCAAAGGUCUGGGUCCCAAUUCUUCCUCCACCCCAGCACAUGAAGUUGGCAGGAGGACCUCAGUGCUCUUCUCCAAGAAGAACCCUAAAACUGCAGGCCCUCCAAAACGUCCAGGACGCCCCCCGAAGAAUCGAGACAGCCAGAUCGCUCCCGGGCAUGGGAACAGCCCCAUCGGCCCCCCCCAGCUCCCGAUAAUGGGGUCCUCCCAGCGGCAGAGGAAGCGAGGGCGAAGCCCGCAUCUGCCAGCCAACGGUUUCAGCAGUGGGAACCAGCCAGUGAAGAAGAGCUUCCUGGUGUACCGCAACGACUGCAAUCUUCCCCGGAGCAGCUCUGACUCGGAGUCCAGCAGCAGCAGCAGCAGCAGUGCUGCCUCCGACCGUACCAGCACAACACCCUCCAAGCAGGGCAGGGGAAAACCCUCCUUCUCCCGAGUGAACUUCCCGGAGGACAGCAGCGAGGACACGUCAGGGACAGAGAACGAAUCCUACUCCGUGGGCACGGGGCGAGGUGUGGGGCACGGCAUGGUGCGCAAGGGCAUGGGACGUGGCGCGGGGUGGCUGUCCGAAGAUGAGGAUUCCUCCCUGGAUGCCCUGGACCUGGUGUGGGCCAAGUGCCGGGGGUACCCCUCCUACCCGGCACUGAUCAUCGACCCCAAGAUGCCGCGGGAAGGCAUGUUCCACCACGGCGUCCCCAUCCCCGUGCCCCCCUUGGAGGUGCUGAAGCUGGGGGAGCAGAUGACUCAGGAAGCACGCGAGCACCUCUACCUUGUCCUCUUCUUUGACAACAAGCGCACUUGGUAA